UGACAAGGAAAAACUCAAUAUAUUUGAUAGGAGCGGGGAGAAAUGGGGUCCCCGCUGUAGGGAGGCUGGGGGUACAGGUCGGCAAGCACCUGUUGACGUCACAAACCUCUGAAGGCUACACGCGCCGGUUGCCAUGGAGGCCGCGCUCCCCGCCCCGCCCUCUCCCCAGUCCUCGGCCCAGCGCUCACAGCCCUACUGUGAUCGGUGACCUGCCGGGCAGGCUGUAGGCGGCUGGCAGCGCAAUGCCAGGGGAGAGCUGCUGGAGGGGGCGGUGGGAUCCUGGUGCACCAUGAGCCUCGAGCCCGGCCCCGCUUCGGGCCGAUGAGCACUGCGCACUCCGCCCGCCACUCCGCUCCCGGCCUCGGAUGCGAAGGCAGCAGCGCCGGACAGGAAGCCCGAGGACGGCGCAGGGCCACCUCUCUACCAACACGCGCCAGGGAAGCAGCUCGUCAGCUGCGCUGCUCCGGGGCUCCUAAGGAGUCGGGCCCGGGGCUGCCCCCGCCACCUGGGUUGCUGCUGCCGUCGCCUUCGCCACCGCCUGGAUCCUCCAUCCCCCGCCAUGGCCGAGGAGCUCUCCGCGGCCACGUCCUACACCGAAGAUGAUUUCUACUGCCCUGUCUGUCAGGAGGUGCUCAAAACGCCCGUGCGGACCGCGGCCUGUCAGCACGUUUUCUGUAGAAAAUGUUUCCUGACUGCAAUGAGAGAAAGCGGAAUACAUUGUCCCCUCUGUCGUGGAAAUGUGACUAGAAGAGAGAGAGCAUGUCCUGAACGGGCCUUAGACCUUGAAAAUAUCAUGAGGAAGUUUUCUGGUAGCUGCAGAUGCUGUGCAAAACAGAUUAAAUUCUAUCGCAUGAGACAUCAUUACAAAUCUUGUAAGAAGUAUCAAGAUGAAUAUGGUGUUUCCUCUAUCAUUCCAAACUUUCAGAUCUCUCAAGAUUCAGUAGGGAACAGUAAUAGGAGUGAAACAUCCACAUCUGAUAACACAGAAACUUAUCAAGAGAGUACAAGUUCUGGGCAUCCCACCUUUAAGUGUCCCUUGUGUCAAGAAUCAAAUUUUACCAGACAACGUUUACUGGAUCACUGUAACAGUAAUCACUUAUUUCAGAUAGUUCCUGUGACGUGUCCUAUUUGUGUGUCUCUUCCUUGGGGAGAUCCUAGCCAGAUUACUAGAAAUUUCGUUAGUCAUCUAAAUCAAAGACAUCAGUUUGAUUAUGGAGAAUUUGUGAAUCUUCAGCUAGAUGAGGAAACCCAAUAUCAAACUGCUGUUGAAGAAUCUUUUCAAGUAAACAUCUGAAGGCUGUAGACGUCUCUGCAUCUUUGUACCUGCAAGUGCCAUCUUUAAGGGGAAAACUACAUGAAGUCAUCGUUUCAAGAACUUGAUGUGUAUAUUAAUAAAAAGUAAUUCAGUCUAUUGUUUAGUUUUUUAAUUGAAAAAUAAAGGUGGGCCAUCUAAAAAUUUCAUUCUCUUGAUAAGUUAAAAAGUGAAAGGACAUUAUCUUUAAAAGCAUUAAAAGAAUUAUAUUUCCUUAAUGUAUUGGUGAAAAGGGAAUCCCUGUUGUAUUUUAUCUUUUUAUAUUACAUAUUGAAUUUUUCCUUAUUUUUUGAAAUUUACUUUUGAAAUUUGGUGCAGUUCCUCCCAGUGACAUUAUUGUACACAGAUAACACACAGCAGCAAAUUCUGAACGAUGUAAUUGAUAAAAGCCUAACAAAUCUGAGCCAGUUAUCAGAACUACAGAAUGGAGACUUGAAGUGCUAAAUGAAACAAUCCAAAGGAAACUUUUAAUACAGAUUCUAGCUGAAGAAUUCAAUUAUAAGAAAAUUGUAUUUAUAUAACAUUUAGUAUUUUUGAAGACUAGUGAGGUUUCUUUAUAAUUUUAACUCUUUAAAAAAAGUGAAUGCUCAUUAUAAAGAUAUUUCCUUUUUGCUAUUAGAAGGAAAUAUCAAGAGAAAAAUUUAUUUCUUUGGUGGGCAGUUGGUAAUUUCAAACCUUGUUUGUUUGGCUGACUGAUUUAUAAGCCUAAAUUAUACAAAGCUGAAUUACAGCUGUUUGGCCCCAGAAUUUUGAGUAGCCAGUAUUUCUGAUUAACUAAGAUGAAACUUCUCCUAGAAACUUUCAGUUGGUAAUAUUAUAUUCUACAUAUAUAUUUAAAUGAGAGAUUUGGCUUCAUAUCAAUUUAGAAAUUCAAAGCUAAAGAUGUAUAUGGAUAUAUACAUACACUUUUGUAUGGGUAUGUAUACAUGCACAUAUGUGCACACUGUCAGAUUAUAUACAGAAUUUCUGAUAACUGAUUAAAAUUUUGUAUGUCACCAAAUUUUUAGAAAGUAGCAGUUGAAUGCUAAGUUGUCUACUUGGCUACUACACCUUAAAAAUUGAGUUUACAUACACUUGCAAUUACCUGUUUAUAUGGUGCUCAUGUGUUAUUCUCAAAGAUAAUGUGUGACUAUGGGGUAAUGGGAUGGCUUCUACCAGCCAUUCUGUUUUACUACUUUUUAGUCAAAACUGGAUUUGUUCUUGGUAUUCAUUAAUGAGAAUCAUAACAUAACUUGUACUGGAAGGCCCAAAUCACAGGAAAAGAUGAAGAGUGGAUUAGUUGACAUUCCGUACUAAUGUACAUUGUUUAUGCUUUCUUUAAAAUAACUAACUAAAAAAAAUAAAAGAAAAUCUCAGAAGUAGUUUGCUGCUAAUAUAUACAUAUAUUGUAUAAAAAGGUAUAUUUUGGUUUUGUUAAAACCCUUGUUGACUUUUUUACAGUGAACAUUUUUUUAACUUGAUUUAAUAAAAAUGUUAAUUUUGAAAGUGGAGUUUUGUAAAAACCUUUUUCAGUCAAACAGUAAUGACUAUUUAUAGGUAGUAAUAACAAUCACCAAAAAAGCCAUACAUCUUAAUGAACAUAUGCCUUUGUUCUGUCAACAUUUUCUCUGCAGUUACAUGAGUGUAAUUGUAAGAAUAGCUGUUAACAAACUCUUUAAAAAGAGACUUGACCAUAGGUUUUUCCAGUUUAAAGCAAUAACUUUAGUACUCAAUUUCAAAGUUUAAUACUUCCAGUAUGUCAAGUUAAACCGUUCUGAGAUUUGAGAACUUCUUUAAAAGAACAUUGUAGUAGAGAUCAUCUUGAUGAAAUUGUGUUUUGAAGUUUUGUGGAUUAGUUAAAUAUCAUUAAUAAUCUUGUGUAUUUCAUAUAAACUUUUUCAUAAGGAAAAUAUUGACUUUGCUGUUAUCUGGGAACUCCUCAGUUUGGAGUUGUUUGUUUAAAAUCUCUCCUCUUGUCAGUGGAUUAGGAAUAGGGAUAGGCUUUACAGACUUAACACUUUAAAUUCAUGAAAAAGUUCUUAUUUUUAGUAUGCUUAUAACUGAGGUCAAGGGAGGGGAACUAUGUUGAUACUCCAAUACCUAAAUUUCACAAUACCACUUAUAGGAAAGCUAUUUCCAUUAACAAAUGAAAGUUAUGUUGUUAAACAGAGUCUUAUUUGAGAUGUAUUGCUUUAUUUUUCAAUUAAAAGUGGUUUUCUCCUA